CAGUAUACCACAAUACCUUGCGGGCAUUUUUUCGAACAUGGCGUACUUUCGAAAUAACAACUGGGUUGAAGACGAACAGCUAAAAGAACAAAUGGCAAGGCACGUGAGGGAAGGUUAUCAACGCAAUGAGAUGCUAGAUUUCUUAAGAAGAGAUUUUCCACAGUAUGCGUGGAGCAUCCGAACUUUGGAUAGACGACUUAGUUAUUUCGAGUUAAAACGCACAGAUAGAAACGUGACGGUUGAUCAAGUUAAAGAGGCAGUUCAAAAAGAGUUAAACGGACCUGGUCAAUUGCUUGGGUAUCGAGCAAUGCAAAAAAAAGUUAGACAGGAGCACAACCUGAAUGUACCAAGAGAUUUGGUGCACGCAGUAAUGGGUGAGCUUGACCCAGAAGGCUUGGAACAACGUGGUGGGGUUGGUCUCAAGAAGAACAAGAGAGGGAAGGGAAAUUUCACGACAAAGGGCCCAAAUUGGGUCCAUUCAUUAGACGGCCACGACAAGCUAAUGGGAUAUCAAAAUUCCACUUUUCCAUUGGCAGUUUAUGGUUGCAUUGAUUCUGCAAGUCGGAAACUUCUAUGGCUUCGCAUUUGGGUGAGCAACAGCGAUCCGAAGAUAAUAGGCAGAUGGUACUUAGAUUAUUUGUAUGAAAACAUGGUUAUUGCAUCUAUAAUGCGGCUAGACAAGGGUACUGAGACCGGCAUCAUGGCAACCAUGCACGCAUUUUUACGCCGAAAUCAUGGGGAUAUGGAGUCGAGUGAUACAGUUGUAUAUGGGCCUUCAACUUCAAAUCAAAUUGAGCGUUGGUGGAGAGAAUUACAUGAACGUUUAGAGAAGUACUUCAAACACCACCUAAACUGGCUAAAGGACAGUAAUGAAUAUAAUCCAUUCAACCCAAAUGAUAGGAAGCUUCUUGCUUUUUUGAUGAUCCCAGUUCUUCAAAAGGAGUUGGAUAUUUUUAAAGAGUCUGUGUGGAAUACUCAUCGGAUUCGUGCCCAGAAGAAUACAAAUUUACCUGAUGGAAUACCAAACCACAUAUACAGUUUCCCUGAAUUAUAUGGAUUUGAAGAUAAAGGGUGGGCUGUGACUGAAGAAGAGCUUAAAGCUGUGGCAAUUCAUUCUGGUGUACUUGAAGUUCCUACAGAUUUUCUUGAAAAUGAAUUCAGAGCUGAAUGUGAAAGAGUGUUGCCCUAUCCUGAUAGAGUCGAACCAAGUGAAUGCAAAGAUACCUUUUUGUACUUGAAACAGAAAUGCAAUUUUCAGUAAAAAAACUGUUUUACACCUACAUUUUACACUGUAAAAAUAAAUAUUUUGUUGUUUAAUCUCAA